CUUAUAAGGCUGGCGGCUCUAGGGCCUUUAUCCGUCUGCGUCUGAGAUACUUCACCGUCCACGCAGCUUUGAGUCCACACCUCUGUCUACGCAGCAGCUAUGCCGCCGUACACCAUUGUGUACUUCCCAGUUCGAGGGCGCUGUGAGGCCACGCGCAUGCUGCUGGCUGACCAGGGCCAGAGCUGGAAGGAGGAGGUGGUUACCAUAGAUGUCUGGCUUCAAGGCUCGCUCAAGUCCACUUGUCUGUAUGGGCAGCUCCCCAAGUUUGAAGAUGGAGACCUCACCCUUUACCAAUCUAAUGCCAUCUUGAGGCACCUGGGCCGCUCUUUAGGGCUUUAUGGGAAAGACCAGAAGGAGGCUGCCUUGGUGGAUAUGGUGAAUGAUGGGGUGGAGGACCUUCGAUGCAAAUAUGGUACCCUCAUCUACACUAACUAUGAGAAUGGUAAGGAUGACUAUGUGAAGGCCCUGCCUGGGCAUCUGAAGCCUUUUGAGACCCUGCUGUCCCAGAACCAGGGAGGCAAAGCUUUCAUCGUGGGUAACCAGAUUUCCUUUGCGGAUUACAACUUGCUGGACCUGCUGCUGGUCCACCAAGUCCUGGCCCCUGGCUGCCUGGACAACUUCCCCCUGCUCUCUGCCUAUGUGGCUCGCCUCAGUGCCCGCCCCAAGAUCAAGGCCUUUCUGUCCUCCCCCGACCAUUUGAACCGUCCCAUCAACGGCAAUGGUAAACAGUAGUGGACGAAGGGACAGGAGCUUCUUGUCCCCCUUUUCCCAGACUAAUAAAGUUUAUAAGGCAAA